CCGUUUGAUCACUGCCGGAACAAACCCCAAAUACCAUUCAAAACCCUAGUUUUUCUUUUCAUAUAUAUAAACCCCCAAAUCUCGCUGUUUAAUCAAACAAUUGCUCUUACAUUCUUCCAAUAUCCAUUGAUCUAAUCACGCUCUUUACUUCUGAUUUCUGUUUUGUUCAUUUUUUUUUGUGUAUUAAUCUCUUUUUUUGCAGGAAUUUUUCAUCUUUCUUAUCUUUGAUAUUUGAUUAUACGUCUAUUAUAUCUAUAUUUGUUACUACUAAUAUCAUGGAUGCAGGAUCUGUAACUUGUUCUCCAGCACGACACCAAAUUCUUCGAAGAAAAAGUUCUCAAGAAAACUUGGAUAGAUUCAUACCGAAUAGAUCCGCGAUGGAUUUUGAUUACGCGCAUUACAUGCUAACACAGUCCAAAAAAGGUAAGGAGAAUCCGGUUGCAAGCUCACCGGCGAAGGAAGCGUACAGGAAGCUGUUGGCGGACAGCCUCGGCAUGAACAGAACCAGGAUUCUAGCUUUCAGGAACAAGCCUCCGACACCAAGAGACGCGGUUCCAAGCGAGUGGUCUUCGGUGCAGCAGGCGAAGCCAGUAAAGGCCCGUAGAUACAUCCCUCAGACUUCGGAAAGGACGUUGGAUGCACCCGAUAUUCAAGAUGAUUACUACUUGAAUCUGUUAGAUUGGGGGAGCGGCAACGUCCUCGCUAUUGCCCUAGGAAAUACGGUGUAUCUAUGGGAUGCUGCAGAUGGUAACACAUCGGAACUUGUGACUGUAGAUGACGAUGUGGGUCCGGUUACGAGUGUUAAGUGGGCACCAGAUGGCCGCCACAUCUCAGUUGGAUUAAACAAUUCGGAAGUCCAACUCUGGGAUUCCACCUCGAAUAAACUGUUGAGAACGUUGAGAGGGUGCCAUCAAUCUCGGGUCGGAUCAAUGGAUUGGAACAACCACAUCCUCACAACUGGAGGAAUGGAUGGCCGGAUCGUGAAUAACGAUGUCAGAAUUAGAGCACAUAUAGUGGAAACAUACUCCGGCCACCAUCAGGAGGUUUGUGGGUUAAAAUGGUCAGCUUCUGGUCAACAGUUGGCUAGCGGUGGUAACGACAAUCUCUUACACAUUUGGGACAGAUCAGUGGCUUCUGUUAAUUCACGGAGUCGAUGGCUUCACCGGCUGGAGGAUCACACAGCUGCAGUGAAAGCACUUGCCUGGUGUCCAUUCCAGGGUAAUCUUCUUGCGUCCGGUGGUGGCGGUGGUGAUAAAUGUAUAAAGUUUUGGAAUACACACACCGGUGCUUGCUUGAACUCGGUGGACACCGGGUCCCAGGUGUGUGCGCUUCUAUGGAACCAAAAUGAGCGUGAGCUGUUGAGUUCACACGGUUUUACUCAGAACCAGUUGACUUUGUGGAAGUAUCCGUCAAUGGUCAAAAUGGCCGAGCUUACUGGGCAUACAUCCAGAGUUCUUUUUAUGGCGCAGAGCCCGGAUGGGUGUACAGUGGCAACUGCUGCAGGAGACGAGACGCUGAGAUUUUGGAAUGUUUUUGGGAGCCCGGAAGUGGCUGCUAAGGCUACCCGAAAAGCUGUUCCCGAGCCUUUUGCUAACGUGAAUCGUAUUCGUUGAUUUUAUGUAAAAAAUGUUGGAGCUACCUACAAACCGACUUGGCCUUUUGCUCACUUGAACAAUAUUUGUCGAAGUUUUGUAUUGUUUUUGGGUGCACUAUAACUAAAGAUACCCAAAAACCAACCCGACUCAUGCUUUUUGGAAUGCUAAUGAGAACACUAAUGAACCGCUGAUUCAUGGUUGUUUCUUGUAUAGUCGAAGUUAUCACGAAUUCUUGUAUAGUCAAAAUAGAUUUGAAAGUUCUUGUAUAAUUCAAAAAGUAACUGAAGGAUGUCAUGUAGCAGCAUAUUUGAUAUGGCUACUUGUAAUUUGGUUUA